AGGGCAACAAAUCUCCACCGCUGUUACAAGAAGCUAAAAUGGCGGCCAAGCAAAUAGAUCUGUCGGCUCUAAAUAUUCAACAAUUACAACAAUUAUCGCAACAAAUAGACCAGGAGAUAGAAUUCUUUACCUCCUCCCUCAGUCAGCUAAAGAUGGCCCAGCAGAAGUUUGUUGAAUCUCAGGAUUGUCUCGGAAGAAUCAGCCCAGAGACAGAUGGGAAAGAUGUCCUUGUUCCCUUGACCAGCUCUAUGUAUGUUCCAGGAAAGCUGUCAGAUGUAAGCAAUGUUCUUGUUGAUAUAGGAACAGGGUAUUAUGUGGAACAGGAGGUGGAGAAUGCCAAGCAGUACUUCCAAAGAAAGGUGGAUUACCUUACCAAACAGAUGGAGAAACUACAGCCUAUACUACAGGAUAAAUAUAGGACCAAACAAGCUGUGAUGGAGGUACUGCAACUCCGAGUACAGGCGCAGUUAGCCGCCCAACAGCAGUCAUAUGCAGCCGCAGCACAGACAGGGGCAGCCAAGUCAUGAGAAUAGUAUACCUGUAGUUUUACACCUUUUUAAAUUUAAAUCUUCACUGGCUGGCUUGCAAUGGGAGUCGGGAAGUGUACUUAAAAGUGAAGCGCUUAAAAAAAGAAUCAAUUUGAUUUUUCAUAAUUGAUGGAUGGUGAGGCAAGAUUGGUAUCAUGGACUUAAAGAAAACUUUUGCUGCAAGCGAGGACUGGAGUUACCUCUCUCUUGAAUUCAGUACAUAAUGUGGCUCACAUAUCUUUUGUGGAGAAAUUGGGGUCAUUUUGAGACGUACAGACUUUCAGUGUAAAGAUCAUGGAGUCCUUGCCACGAAGUAUUGUGUUAGCCUAGUAUUGCUUAUGUUGGCUUGUGUGGUUUGUAGCCAUA